UUUAGCUCUAACAACAAAUGGCCCGAUCGGACCGUCCGUUUUUUCUCUCGAGUAUUUGGUUCGACAAGACGACACAACAAAACGCGGUAUCACUCCCAGAACACCGAUUACGACACUGACCGUCACCCUCAACCUCGUUAGUAGUUCAGCUUUUUGAACUUUAGCAAUUGCCACAUACCAACUCGACCCAAGGCCAACCAACGCAACGUCCGAAUCCUCGCUUGAACGAGGCAACAAACAAAUCAUAGCUUCGAGCGGACCAAUUCGCCGCCAUUUGCAUCCCCUGAGCUACUUAUCAAGAUCGGAAAAGGUGUUGAUUGGCCACCAUGGCCACAAAUCCACCCGCAGGGCCAGAUGUGCCAGUCGUUUCCAACCAGAGGCAAACAACGGCGGUGCCAUCGCGCAACCCUCUACCACUAUCAGCAUCGCAGGAGGCUCAGGUCAGGGAGGUUUACUACAAAAGGGUUCGGGCUCUUUGCGCGCCCGAGAUAAAAGCAUUUGCAGACUGUGCCAUCGGCCGCACGUUCUCGAUCCCCUUUGCGUGUCGGGCGCAGCACCGGGCUAUGAACAACUGCAUGAAGAUGCAGGCGACGGAGGAGAACCACGACCUGGCGCGCGAGGAGUGGUUCGCGGGCAGGAUGGAGCGGCAAAAAGAAAAGGAAGCCAAGGCCAGGAGGAAGCUGGAGCAGGAGCGGUUCCACCGCGAGUGGUGGGGCCUGCCGGAUAGGGACGCCGAAGAGCUCAGGGCUGAGGAGGAGAAGCUCAAGAGGGCCGAGAGGGUCGGGGGCAUGGCCGCGAGGGAUCGGGCGAGGAUAUCCGUCAAGAAGGAUGAGGAUAGGUGAUCCAAAUCUGCUGGGUAGACGAUGAGGUGGAUGUUUGCGAUGAGUCCAGAGUUGUCUCGGCAGGUGGGUUGGCGUACAUCACAAUCCGAGCAAGCCGGAUAGUAGCUCGGUUUGCAUCUUUGAGCUGGUUUUCGUCAUCUAUAAGAUGACAAACUAGAUUGGGGUGCUACGGGAUUGUGGUGCCCCCUGGGGGGUAUGGCGCCACCUAUCCUGCCAUUCCUGCCUGCCUCGAUGCAACAAAAGUCUACUCUGGAAAGGCAAGCAGGCCUGUGUAUUGCGACUCACAUGUAUAAACAACACAAAUGGCGCCAUGUAGCAUUAAUAUAUCUGAAAAUAUUUCUGUGCCGGACA